AUGUUCCAUGGAUUGCCAAGUGAAGACCCCAUUGACCACCUUGAUGAGUUUGAUAGGCUUUGUGAUUUGACAAAGAUCAAUGGUGUCUCUGAAGAUGCCAUCAAGCUGAGACUCUUUCCUAUGUCUCUAGCUGACAAAGCUCACCAAUGGGAGAAGAGCUUGCCCCAUGGCACAAUCACCACUUGGGAUGAAUGCAAGAAGGCCUUUCUUGCUAAGUUUUUCUCCACCGGUCGCACAGCCAAGCUUAGAGGAGAGAUAUCCAGCUUCAUCCAGCGAAACAAUGAGACAUUCGCAGAGGCUUGGGAGAGGUAUAGGGAGAUGCUAGACACAGCUAGCAAUGGGAACUUCCUCAACCAGGAUGUAGAUGAUGGCUGGCAACUUGUGGAGAACAUAGCUAACUCAAAUGGAAGCUAUGGAGAAGAGUAUGAUCGCACCAACCGGAGCUCGACCCACCACUCGAUCGAGUCAGACGAAAAGUUGAGAAAAGAUGUUAAGGCAUUGAAUGAGAAGUUGGAUAAGCUGAUCCUAGCUCAGUCCACAAUGAAGAAAGUCAACUUUGUGUCUGCUGAGGAGAUGGAACCAGUCCAAGAAGGGGAGGAUACACAAUUUGCUGAGGACCAAGUAUAUCCUCAACAACAAGCAGCUCGAUCGAGUCAGGUGCCACAACAUGGGUAUGGUCAAAAGAACAAUUACCAAGGACCACAAGGCACUUUCCCUGGACAACAAAUGAAUAUCCCACCAGGCUUCCCCCACCAACCGCCCCAGCCUGCACCUUCACAAGAGAAUGAGCUCAAAGCAAUGCUAAAGCAACUACUUCAAGGGCAAGCUGAUGGGGUAGUGGACACAAGCAAGAAGCUAGCUGAAAUAAACUCUAAGAUCGAGAACCUCAACACAAGGGUUUACUCUCUGGAGAAUCAUGCUUCUUCUGUUGCUGCUGCUACAAAGCAAGGACAACUACCUGGUAAAGCUAUUCAGAACCCCAAGGAACAGUGCAAGGUCAUCUUCACUCAAGAAGGACUUGUUGAAGAAGAGGAUCAAGAAAGGGUCAUUGAAGAUUUUUGUUUACUGCUGAAUGAUGAAGAGAUUGUUGCUGCUGAGGCUCCUGGAGUCCAGAUUGAUCAACCAGAAGUGCAUGCACCUACUGUGGCCAUUCACACUUCACCAGUUGAGCUCGCACGACAAGCUCGAUCGGCAGCUCGAUCGAGUCCAACUCUAGCUCGAUCGAGUCCGACCUCUUCUGUCCGACAGCCUGUUUUGCUUGAUCCUUAUCAACCGGUUGCCGCUUCCUCGUCUCGCCUACUUAGUCAAGGUCACAAGGAAGUGAUUCACAAGUUCAGAAGAGAUCUCAGUGGGAUUGGAAUUGAGUUGCCUCUAUGGAUAGCAUGA